ACUGUCCUGUAGUCCCUUUUAUUGGUUACACUUGGCCAUUGUUAGGAGUUGUGCUUUAGCGAAUCAAGUUUUUGGCGUCUUGUCGAGGAAUUUUUAGAUUAUUACGAAAGGCAGGAGUUUGUUAAUUUAGCUUUUCUUUCUUUUGUUUUUCCUUUCCACCCUUGCUUUUCACUUGGGUGGUUUUGUUGGUGGAGAUAUGAAUCAUGGAUCCUCGUGGCUUCUCCAAACACUGGGGGUAUCCACCACCUCCCGAGUGGUAUUACCACGAGACUUCCUGGACCAAUCAAGGAGGAGAAGACUAUGGAUUCGGGUUCAAGUACCAAACCUCCUACUACGGAGAACAAUCAGACCCUUGGGAACCUCAAGAACAAUCUCCUUAUCAAGAAGAAUUUCUCCCACAAUUAGAAGGGCCAUCGGAGCAGGAGUUAGCCAUGGCGGUCUUCACGGGCCACUCUACAGAGCCAUGCUACACUCCACUGGCAAAUCCGAACAAACAAUUGAGGUUUCUCGUGGAGCAGUUUGUCCAGACAUUGAGAGAUCAUGCUAAACCGAGGUGAGGAUGAAAGGUGGUGUCACUCGACCCUCUCGGUUUAGACAAUCGGUAAUCGGCUUACUCCCUCACUCAACUCUAAGGUCGGACGGUUAAACCAUGAUUAUUCGGCUUGUUCAAUUCAUUAUUGAGGGUUUCCGUAACUCAACCUAGUUUAGGUUGCUUGGAAAGUGGAAGGAAAACCAACUCGAUUGAGUCUCCCUUGAAAAGAGGGAUUUUCCUCUCUAAACUAGGCUAAGUUGGCAAAUUAGAUUACUAGCACCAAAAUGCACAAACUUAGGGGUGCUAAGCACAAUUAUGCACAAUCCCUGGGAUGCUAAGCACAAAAUAUGCACAACCACUAAGUUGCUAAGCACAAGCAUGAAAAAUCAUGGUGAAUAAUGCCUCAAACAUUAAAUUGAACAAUACCCAAUAUCAAUCAUCCAAAAAACAUACAAGAAGACUACAUGGUAGAGUUAGGGUUUCACUACACCCAAGUGAAAGGAGGACUACUCCAUGGAAGAAGUGGGAAGAACAAAAGGGAAAAAGGCGGAAACCAUCUUUUGGGGAUGGCUCCUCUCUUCUUCAACCUUGAGCUGGGAUUUCGUUGUGGAAAUCUUCCCAAAAUCUCCUUUGAAGCCAAGCCCUAACCUCUUCUUCUCUUUUGUUUAUGUUUCUCUCACUAGAAUGCUGAAGAAGGUGUUUCUCUCACAAAACUGGGCUCUCCCUUCUCUCCUCCUUGCAGCUCAACUUUUAAACCCGAGAAGAGGUGAGUUCACGGUUGUGAACCAUCAAACGCGUCUGUGAACUCACGCCACGCGCCAAAACGCUCUGCAUAGAUCACGUCAGUUCACGGGCAACUGCUUGUGUUUAUGGUCUUAGUGACCGUGAACUCGCCUUGCGUCAGUAACUUCAACUUGGCUUUGGACGCCUUGCGCUUCACGAUCAACUCCACUUCUUCAUGCUCUUGCAUGACCGUGAACUAGCUCUUUUUCACCACUUCUCCCGGUUUUUGAUCCUUUUUACCAAUCCUUCGACUCUGAGGCUGGUUCCACCUGUUUAAUGGGCGAAUUUGGCAAAAACAUCUAAGCAAACCGGGGGCAAAAUAUGAGCAAUUAUGCCCGAAUUUGGUAAUAUUUCAACCUUCAAAAAUGCUUUGGGGACAACUCAAAGGACAUGAAGCGGGAAUUCUCGAUGUUUACUGAUAAUCAACACUUGAACCGUUGCAAGAAAUACCGACACCCAUCACAAACGACAUUCAAAGCCACCAAAAUGGGCAAUCGAAAAGUUCUCAACUUAUUUAUGGAUAAAUGCAAGUCUCAACAAACAAUGCAUGGAAUUCAAGUCCAAGGAACAAAUGGAAAGGCAAUGAAGGUCCUCACCGGGGUAUGAUAUGACAUGCAAAGCAAGAAUGAAUCGCUCACUCUCAAGACCAGUGGGGUCGGGACCUUUUUGAUGCAAAAGAUGUGCACAAUCGUAACCUCUCGGCCCUAUCGUCUCAAUACCACGACGGUAACCUCUAAAUGCUAGAGUUCACGGGAUGGUUGUCACCACUAGCUCAUCCGGAGGUCUUAGACACGAGUUCAGAUGACUGGCGAUUGGCUUGGUGACUCGCUCAAAUCUACACUAAAAUUAAACCCGAAUUAGAGUCCAAGUUUUUAAACUCUAAUUAGGCAUAGUAUAGGGCAAGUAUCUAUAUAUCAACCCAGGCCGGUCCGUCUACCCCUACUUCAGUUGUUGAAAUCAUUAUCUAGCGAUAAAACUUUGGUUUAAAG